CACUGUUGACACAGUUGGCGCAUACUUUUCAUUGCGGAAAGGCAAGGAAAGGAACAAAAGGACGAAGUAGAAGGCCCCGGAUGAAUGCGAAUUCCUUUCAAUCUGUUUGUCGAACUUUAAAAUCAGAGAGAAACAGCAGGAGUUUCGUCUACUUGAGGACACAAUUGAGACGCACUCCAUUUUAUUUUCACACCGAUGUGGCAUCGUUAGUUGGAAACCUGGAAACAACAAUACAACGCUGAAUGCGGCAGCAAUCAAGUGGGCGGUGCUUGGCAACUGCAGCACACUAGUUGUCCCGCUCCCACCGCGGUCCAAUGACUGCCGUGCGAGAGAGAUGGCCCGAUACAAGAAAUUGCCAUUUUGUUUUCAAUGCCGCGGCGACUGCGCUGCCGUCGCGCUGCCCGCAAAUGCAUUGGAUUUACCGCUCCUUUUGCCAGUUUGUUUUUUCUCUUCCGAUUGAGCGGCAGCCGGAGCUCUCCGUGUUUUUCUCUCACCGCCGCGCGGGAUUUUCGAUUUCGGAUUUUCGAUUUCAGCGUAAACGAGAAUAUCGUAAAAUUAAAACGAAACAAAACCAAAAUCCUAGUGAGUGAUCGCGGCAAGUGCAGUUCAUUUGUUUUCCAAGUGCCACAUCGCAAAGCAGAAUAAUAAUUAUAGAAAUAGAGAUUUCCGCGGAUGCUGCAAUUGCCAAAAUAGUGCCGUUCUCCAUCUCAUUUUCGCUCGCUGGCUAUCGCCCUCUCUCUCACUCGCUCUCGCACAAUCGGGCCGCCAAGAAUUUAUGGAAUUCGGCAUUUUGUGGAUUUAGCGAAAAUAUUUUCAUUGAGUGCGCCGACCAAAUGUUUGCUGCUCGUUUUCGGUUAAAAAUAAUCGCAGAAGCCGCUGCGCCAAAAUCUCAAGAAUUCACGUGCGAAUUCCCCAGCGCGUAUCACUUUAAUUACUAUUCAAAUUAACAACAACAACAAAACGAUCAAACGAAAAUUAAGUCAAGUUUUACCUUGUCAAGAGAUGUGAAAUUGUUGAAUAUUUUGCAAAAAGUGCACUGUAACGAGAAUUGAGUUGAUUUACGCAAGCAACACUGAACAUCUUAUUGGAUUACACUAAAAACAUUCAAGUGUUGGCAAUUCUUCGUCGGAAACGCGGAUGAGAAACGAAAUUGACGUUCCAACGCCAAAGGGAAAAAAAAACUGAAAAAAUAGAAAACAACGACUAACAGCAAUCAACAAUGUGGAAAUGAUAAUUGCAAUUGCCUGCACAAGCAAACAAAGAAGAAAGAAGCAAGUGAAGAAAGUCGAAGAGCGACGAGGGGAGGAAACUGAGUCGAAAAGAAAAGGAAAUUACCCACGAACGGGAAUGGCAAAUGCAUAGAAAGAAGUUUGCGAAAAACAACAAAAAACGUAAACAAAAAACAGACAAAAAGCAAUUAUAGCUGCUGAUACAAACGCGAUGGUGUUUUACAAUAUGUAAAUAUAAUUAGCCGAGCGGAGUUUUCAUUCCAGGAAUUUUGCCAGCCAACAAAAGAAAUAAAUACUACAACUGCUGCAGAAAAAAUACAACAAAAACAACAAAACACGCCUUGACUUGAAAGCCGGUUUUAUAAUUACUCCAAGUUUUAGCCCCCUUCCCUCCCCGCGCGCUCUCUAUCUAUAUAUCUAUCUCCCUCUCUUCAGAGAGAGCAUUCAAUUUCAAACCCCCGAUACGAUUACGAAUCCAAUUGGAACCACGCGUAUUGGCAUCACAAUUCCCUCCCCGCUCAAGUGACAAUACCAAUUUAACUACCAUCCAUCGCUAAACCGCAAAAGCAGUGAGCCAGUGUGAGUGCCAGUGCCAGUGCCAGUGUGUGUGUGGCAGUGAGUGGCAGUUGCAGUUGCAAGUGCGCUUGCCACUGCGACAAUGGCAGUGUCCUGCCCCGAAGUUAUGUACGGUGCCUACUAUCCAUAUCUGUACGGGCGCGCUGGAACAAGUCGAUCGUUCUACCAGUAUGAGAGGUUCAACCAGGAUUUGUACUCCUCCUCGGGCGUCAACUUGGCCGCCUCAUCGAGUGCCUCGGGCAGCUCCCACUCGCCCUGCAGCCCCAUCCUGCCGCCAUCGGUGAGCGCAAAUGCCGCUGCGGCAGUGGCAGCGGCGGCCCACAAUAGUGCAGCGGCGGCAGUGGCGGUCGCAGCGAAUCAGGCCAGCUCCUCCGGCGGAAUCGGAGGCGGUGGACUCGGCGGCCUGGGAGGACUGGGCGGCGGACCGGCGAGCGGACUGCUUGGCAGCAAUGUGGUGCCCGGGAGCAGUAGUGUCGGGAGCGUGGGGCUGGGAAUGAGUCCGGUGCUGAGCGGAGCGGCGGGACACUCGCUGCACAGUUCGCACAGGACGCACGCACACUCCCUCGCCCACGCACACACGCACCCGCACUCGCACACACACACGCAUACGCAUCAAACCAAAGAAGAGGACCUCAUCGUGCCGCGCAGCGAAGCUGAAGCACGCCUGGUGGGCUCCCAACAACAUCAGCAUCAUAAUGAAUCAUCCUGCUCCUCCGGUCCGGACUCCCCGCGCCACGCCCACUCGCACAGCCAUCCGCUGCACGGUGGCGGCGGAGCGACGGGCGGUCCAUCUUCCGCGGGUGGUACGGGCUCGGGGGGCGGCGACGGAGGCGGCACGGGGGCAAUACCCAAGAAUCUGCCAGCACUGGAGACGCCGAUGGGCAGCGGAGGCGGCGGAUUGGCCGGCAGUGGCCAGGGACAGGCUCAAUAUCUAUCGGCCUCCUGCGUUGUGUUCACCAACUACUCGGGCGACACGGCCAGCCAGGUGGACGAGCACUUUUCCCGCGCCCUCAACUACAACAACAAGGAUUCUAAAGAGAGCAGCAGCCCGAUGUCGAAUCGAAAUUUCCCACCGUCGUUCUGGAACAGCAAUUACGUGCACCCCAUACCCGCGCCCACACACCACCAGGUUAGCGACUUGUAUGGCACCGCGACGGACACCGGCUACGCCACCGAUCCGUGGGUGCCGCAUGCGGCCCACUAUGGUUCCUAUGCCCACGCAGCGCACGCCCAUGCGGCCCACGCCCACGCCUACCACCACAACAUGGCCCAGUACGGCAGUCUCCUCAGGCUGCCCCAGCAGUACGCCAGCCACGGUUCCAGGCUGCACCACGACCAGCAGACGGCCCACGCCCUGGAGUACUCCAGCUAUCCCACAAUGGCAGGCCUGGAAGCGCAGGUGGCGCAAGUACAGGAAUCGUCGAAGGAUCUUUACUGGUUCUAAACGCCACCUGGCGAUGGAGAUCGCCGAUGUCCUUCGGCGAGUGUAUAAACCUUGUCCUGGAAGAUCUAAGGACACCCCGGAUCGAAUACAAUGUGCGACUUUGGGUCGGGAUUUUGAGAGCGCUUCUUAAGCAAAACUGCAGUGUCUGUGUUUCUGUGUGAGCAAAACAAUAACAAACGCAAAGGAUUUUGAAAUUUAAUUUAAUUUUACCAUAAUGUUUAACGUUAAACUAUAAUUCGUAAGCUUAAAAACAACUUGUAAACAAACGAUUUUUCGCGCAUUCGAGACCAUUUUUUUCGGCGUAAUUUGAUUUUGUAAGUUUAGCAUCCCAUAUCAGCAAUUUAGACACACAUACAAUAAUGACUAUAUACACUAUAUAUAUAUAAAUAUACACAUAAAUAUAUAAUGGUAUUCGUAAUCAGCGUUGGUAACGUUUAAUAAUCAAUAUUUCUUGUAUAGUUAACGCGAACUUUGACAUAAACUUAAAGCAACAACAAAGUUAGAAUUUAUUUUGUUUAAACUUCGAUUUUUGCAAACUUCAACAAACUAGGAUAACGAAAAUCAAAUUGAGAAAAAAGCAAAGCAGAAAACCCAAUAAAAAAAAAGAUAAAUAAAAUAAAAAAAAAACACAAUUUGAAUACAAUC